UCAGAGGAGUCUGGAUAAAUGGCGUCUAUAAAUGGAAUUAAAAUCUUAGUGCAGUGAAUAUUUAAAUCAAAUUAGGAUGAUAGAUUAAGAGCAAGAUCCAAUUAAUACAAUCAGGAAAUGGUGUUGACAUGGGCCCUCUCUCAUAUGCAUUAUUGACUUAAUCAAAUUAUAAUCUAGUUCCUAAUGCACACGUGAACGUGACUCGUGUGAAUGAUUUCUGUUGAUAGUCUUUGUCUCGCUUUGUGAACAUGAAGGACCUCCAGCGGUAAAAAAAAAAAAAAAAGGUCAAACUUCAUCAUAGCUCCUGCUUUCAAGAUCUUUAUGUUCCACCAGGAUUUUAAAUUUGUGGUUUUUAACUAGCUUUAUAUUUGCUUGUUCUUCCAGAUAAGAUGGCCCUGUAUAUUUGGGUCUCUCUUUGUUGUCAGGCCUCGAUGUAUUUUAUGCUUGCCGCUGAUUCAUCGUCUCAUUUAAAGAACAGCUUGCUGCCUCACCUGCUGUUCAUAUUUGGCACCUUCUUGUCAAACACAUUUAUAAUAUGAACACUAAAGCGAAAGCAGAAACCAAAGACUGCAAAAAUGUAAAAUUAAAGGUAGAGCUCGACCAUCUAGAGCACUUUUAGAGACUUUAGGUACGAUGAGGACGCCUGCAUGUCAGGACUACAGUCUUCUGGAGGGGUAAUGGGGAACUACAAGCUCUCUUAGAGACAUACUCAAGGUAAUUGGUUGUGCAGUUGUGUUUUAUGCCAGAGUGUUAAUACUGGAACCUCCUGUACUGGCCUCAAUAAAUAAGCUAAAGAGCAAAGACCGAGUCAGGUAAGAGAGUCACGUUCGGAAUAAGUGUUUACAUGAAAUAACAAUUGGCAUAAAUCACCCAUCUCGAUUGGAAUACAAUUUCUUUCCGUUUGAGCCAAAUUGGAUCAGUAUCUUCUGAUUGACAUGUUUAUGUGACGCAUUUUUAUUCCGAUCAGUCCUUUAUUCUGAUUAUUUGUGCCCAUAUAAAUGCAGCUAAUGUCAGCGCUUGGACGACUGGUUUGAGGUAUUCAGACGUCCCCGAUUUCCGGAGACAAUCCCUGUUUUGGAUGACCUAUCCCUGCUAAACCUGUCCCCGGAAAUGUCCCCGAUUUAAGCGUUUCAUGAAUAAGAAGAAAAAUAUCAUGUGUAGACUAGAACAAUGGUUAUUACGGUCGCCGAGUCGGUAGGAAGCACAAGUAAGCAUGUUGUGCAGAGUCCUGAACAACAGUUUUCAUGGGGGGUCAUUACGGGGGGCGUGCGCUGCUUCUAAGUAGUAACGAAAUGUUGUCCGUGAUCAUUCAGCCCAUGCCCACCUCCCACUGCGGAUGUCCCCGGUUACCUUAGACUGGUCUGAUUGUCAUGUCUAACUUGCAAGAAGUUAAAGAGGUGUAACUGGCUUAGAGACCUGGCGAUGGGUUAUAGGAUGGAGGACAAUAGAAAGGCGGUGUUUAUCAUCAUAAGGCCUCAAGACAAUCGCAUCACCAAUCUGGCACCAAAGCAAGAACUACGGUUCCAGGUACGGGUUUAUUAAACACAAGAAAACAGUAACAAUCCUCACCAUAUGCCUCCUUGGUGCUGCUGUUCAAUGUUCGGCACCUUCCUUUGUCUUAAUUUCAUGUUUUUAGAUGACAGCAUAUGGAUUCAGCAUCCCAAAACGAAAAGUAGAAAUCAUCAGUUUGCUCACACGCUCUCGGCAAGAGGCGGCAAUAUUAGUUGCACUUAAUGAGGCUGAUAGACAAUCACACAAACACUCGUGUCCCUAUAGGCAGUCUGUGGCAAAAGAGAGAGCUGGCAGCAUUCAAACAAAGAGUUCGACUCUUUACUAUCGCUUACACGUGAGAAAAAGAAACUGUGUAAAACAAAUAGUCUGAUCUGAGAACAGCAUCAGGGGGAUUUGGUGAAUAUGUAGAAGGAGAGGAGGGGGGAUGAAGUUAGCCUGCAUUGUUAUCCCUACAGAUGAAAAACUCUCCCCUUCAUCGCUCCCUGCUUAUCACGCCGUGACGAUCAGGAGGAGGAAGAGAGGAGGCAGAGGGGAGCGCAUAAGGGAGGCAGGUGGGAGGAAAAAGGAAUGGGGGGGGAGGUGAAGGCUCACAGAAGUCAGAUAAGAGAGCCUAGACAAUCCCUCUGCUCGUCCCACUUGUUUUUUAAUAUCAGGAGGGAAUAUAUCAUAAGCUGUGUUGUCUUGGCUACACCAGAGAUCGUCUUUGAGUUAGCAGAAUCUAUUAGGAGCUGACAAGGAGAGGGAAAAGAGGAGGAGAGAGCGUUCCUUAAGUCUGACGCCAUUGUUUCAGCAUUGAUUAUUCUGAUUUCCUCCUCCAGUGGACAUGUGAGAUUUACUUACUGUAUACUUUUGAUUCUGAUGUUACAUCAGAGCAGAGAGGGAGAGGUAGAAAGAGAAUUGGAUGAGUGUUAUGAAACAAAACUGAGAGAACGUGCUUUGAUAUUCAUGUCUCUGUGGGUCUGAUGAUGAUAUAACACACGGUCUAAAUUUUUCAUAGCAGAUGAAACGCAGAAUGUAGGCUACAUACCACAUUAUUGAACCAGCUACUAAAACAGUAAUGCUAGCUGCACUACUUGAAAGAGAGAGGCUGAACAGCGGCUUGUUUCCAUGGCGAAAACUACUGUUUUUACUUUUUUUCAUGUGCUUGCGUCCUCUCUCACACCUCAUUGUUACAUAACCAUAAGUUAUUCUCUCUGUUUGAAUUCAAUGUUUGAGCUUUUUUAUCCAGCAGGGUGCUAUAGAUUAGAACACACUUGAUUUCAGCUCCAACUGGUGAGUAAUAAUGUCAGCAGGUCACAGUGUUGCUUUUGUUGGCUGUAUACGGGACGUUAAAACAUGCAGGGAAGCUGCAGUCGUGGCUUGUUUGAGCUGUUCUUUGAUUAUUUUGUGUUUUUAUGUUCAAUAAGACUGUAGUCAUUUUUCCAACACUGCACAAGGACAUACAGGAAAGUUUAGAGCUCAUACAUGUAGGGAUGGUGAUAAGAUUUUAUCGAUAUUGAUGCCAUUAUCGAUUCUGCUAAUCGAUUCAAUUCUUUAAAGAUUCCCUUAUCAAUGCCUUUCUUUGAUUUAAAAAAAAAAGUAGACGAUAGGUUUUCAGUGAGAGUCUACAAUAAUCAAACAAAAAUGCAAUUUGUACAGUGUUUCUGGCCUGCUUUGUGCUUAUGUUAACACAGGACAUAUGUUAAGGUGACCAUAUUCUGACUCCUCAGCAAGAGGAAACUACUACACGGGGCGGACUUGUGUGCGAAAUUUUGAGGGUUUCUUUGGUCGAGUUGAGUGUUUUUUAUGCACUUCUAACUCAGUUAAACGCAUUUUCCGAAUUCCCAAAGACAGUGCAAGUGUGCGUCAUGUCAGUGGCUUUGCUUAGAAGUGAGCGGAGGAGCAGAGCUGCAGAGAGCACUGAUGCUCUGCACUGUUUUAUAAUGAAUGAAUGAAUGCACAUUCCAGAUAUUUGAAGGAUUUUAUGAACUCCCCCCCGACAGCCCCCAAAAGAGGACAUAUCGGGGUAAAAGAGGGCGUAUGGUCAAACAAUCAUAUGUAUCUUCAAUGCCGUGCUGAGACGGAGCUGACGACUGGAACAUCGAAUACAUGUGACUCCUUAUACUUGAUGCCGUGCCCCGUUGACAAAUGUUUGAGCAUGUUGCUGGUGUUUCCACCUUUGCAUGUUAUUACUGCUCGACAAAUGUUGCACUGUUGUCGUCUUCCUUUGUACAAUUAAGCCGCGCUUUAGCUCGUUUCUGCCUACUUUUUUGUACCGUCUGCCAUGUUUUUUUUCCCUCAAAGUCUCUAUUCUCGUUCGUAUAGACUGGCACUCGCAAGAUCAUUUUUCAAGGCACCCUUGAAAUGGAUGGAUUGAACCAUUUGGAACCGAUUCUCAACAAGAGCCGGUUCUCGAUUCCCAUCCCUACAUGUCAGGCACGUUGAGAUGGAAAAACAAAGGAGCGGACUCAAAUGCAAACUUCAACAUCACAUCUGUUAUUAUUGGGAGAAAAAACCUUGGGAAGUGCAAAACCAAAAAACAGCCCGAGACAAAAAAACACAACUUCAGGGAAAAUGGCAGAAAAUAAAAGUCAGGUUCAAGGAAAGCAGAUGUCCAAAUCACACUGGAGAGAAACUCUGGGAAAUGCAGGAGCACUUGGCACACGCUACAAAGGCGAACUGGCACUCAAACAAAGGAGAGAGUCCAGUUCAAGAGCAGGAACAGGUGUGAAGAUGGGGGAAUUUAUGGAGCGUUUGAGGGCAUAUGUUGGUGAUGUGGAGAACAUCGGAGGGAAACUGAGGACAGCAAACCAGACACAAGGAGAGAGAGUAUUUUUACAUGUUUAGGGCUGCGAUUGUUGAUAUUCCCACUUUCUAUAACAAAGUAUAUGAGAAACUCGCCUCUGCUGCAUGUCUACAGUGUGGGAGUGGCCUUAGCUUUAGCAUUAGCAUUACACAGCUUGAUAGAGGAGCACUUGAGUCAUCUCUAAGACUCAAGAUCACCAUCCUCCUUGAUGAACACAAGUCAGAUUUGCUUCCUGUCAAUAAACAACUUAACCUCAACAGUGUCACCCUGAAAUCCACGGCGAGCGUGAGCGCCAUGUUCUGUUUGUACCACGGCCUCUGCAGCUGAUCAAUGCCCACUCGAGUCAAUGUGCAUGCUUAACAGGAAGCGCCACAGCAGGUCUCAUGUAUGACCAAGAAGCCCUGUGCAGCUAAGAUUAUGCAGAAAUAUACUCUAUUAUUACUCGAGCUUUCAUCCGGCAUGUGUCAAGCUAAUCAGAGCGAAUCAAGACGGACAGGAAGUCACAUAGGGGUCAGUUCUGAGACGAAACAUGAUGUCCAGACACCAGAUCUUGUUAGAUAGCUUAAGAAACAGUUAUUAAGGAUAAAUAUAUUUCACUCUACGCCUCAGAAACUCUUCGGGUGUGGUAGGGUUCGCGCCUCCAGAUGGAUGAAAACAGUGCUACAGAUGUUUUUGUGGUUCUGAAUAAACUUUUACCUGUUUAGUUUUUAACAGUUUGGUGUCUGGAGUCCUCUCUCGCACACGAUCACGUCAGCGUAACUUAAAAUCAAGUCGAGCUGUUGCUGUAAUGACCUUUUAUUCAGAACAUUAAGAGUUUACUGGUUUCUAGUUGUUCCAGUGGUGAAAAUGUCAGUGCAGACUCUUAUUUUUUUUAAAACAAGAUUGAGGGAUGAGAUUCUCGAGCAUAAGCUUUAUGAGACAUCUCAUCAAAUCCCUUCUCACUCUCUGUCAUGACAUCAUCUCCUCUUGCUUUUCAAGUUCAAUCAAAUCUAUGAAACCUAUUUACCUCCAUGCAAAUGUGGAGCACUAAGCGUGGGAAGGAUCAGCGCCUCAAGUCUGAACAGAGAAUAUUCCACAACAAUGAUUUUUGUAGAGUAAAUCCACUAAAUAUACAGAUUUGAGAGAAACUGUUGUAUCAGGCAGUCAUUAUUUGCAUAUUUUUUGAAGUGAUCUGCAUUACAGAAUUUUAAUCUCAGUUCAUGUUCCUUUUAAUUUUACUGUCUUGUUUUGUUUGUGUUGCCUCUCUACAAGCGUAUUAUCAUUUAUUGCCUCGUUUCUUCCCAUAAUCAUUUCUCCAUCCAGUUUAUCUCACUGCCGUGUUUCACUGCCACGCUGCACUGAUUUUGAAAUUUAUGCCGUUGUUUAUCACUGUCUCAUGAUGUCCCUCAGUGUCCAGCCUUUUUGUUUGCUCAUAUUUUAUCUCCUCCCCUCCCCGCUCCGGAGCAACACUCACUCCUCCAAGGUUACGCUUGUAAAUAAGAAUUCGUUCCUCAACGACCUACAUGCAUAAAUAAAGGAGUUUUGUGAUUCUGCACACUGCAAAUUGUCCUUGGGAUUUCAAGCCGAUGGAGGCGAGAGCUGUAUCAUCCUCAGAAGACAUUACAACAAUACAAAACGGAGAAGUGUGCAAUAAAAAACAUCUCUUGUUAUUUUGGCAGAUAAUUCCUCCCAAAGCUCAAACAGCGGUGCUAAACACUCAGACCCUUUGUGUUUAAAUGUCAGGCUGAGCCCGUGAGAUGCUUUCCAGUCGAAACAGGCCAUAUGUUUCUUUCUGAUGGCAGUUUGUUUCUCUCUGAAUUCACAGAUGAAGAUGUACAUCCCCAGAGACUAACAGCUUGUGUGUAUGUGUGUGUGUGUGUGUGUGUGUGUGUGUGGCAGAGGUUCACCACAGCUGCAGUGUUUACCCAGGUCUGCACAGGGGAGGGUCACUCAGUGCAGAAACAGCGUGGAUGCCAACGAUCAGCAGCUGUGUCCAUCUGCAGAGCAAAGUGAGCGUCUUCAAGUCAAUGAGCUCUCGAGGCUCCUAUAAGGUGUGUCGUAUCUGUAUCAACUACGCAUGACCACAUCUUGUUUCUUAGAUUAUGAUCAUGUGACCUACUUCCACUCAGAUUAUUCCAUUUUUUAUAUUGUAAAGAAGUCCCAUAAAAACCCAAACAAUCAGUUUAUUUACAUGCACUUUUGAGUUGAGAUAUGUUCAUAGCUGAAUUGAGAUAGAUAGAUAGAUAGAUAGAUAGAUAGAUAGAUAGAUAGAUAGAUAGAUAGAUAGAUAGAUGACUUUAUUGAUCCCCGAAGGGAAAUUAAAUUGUUAUAGCAGUCCGGCAAAAUACAAUAAAAUAAAUAAAAUACUGAAAAGACAAAAUACUGAUAAAACAAGAGAAUCAAAAAAUAGGCUAAUUUAGCUGGGAGACUGUCCUUGUCCCAGUCGACAAGCACUGGGCAAAGAAUUUAAACUCUUGACAGGAGCAUUCCACCUCCACAACAGUAGGUGGCGACAUUCCCUGUUUGAGUUUGUGACUCUCGGAUCGUCUACUUUGUAUCAAACGGAUAGAAAAAACUCAAGGUAGUAACCAUAGACUGUAUAUAGAAUGGACAGCGUCUACCUCCUGGCUGAGAGAAGCCACCCCAAGAACAGCACCCUCUAGUGAUGGGCUGCAGUAUAGGUCGUAAAUCCCUAGCCUCUACGACUCGUUUCACCAGGGUUCUAGCCCAUUAUGCGAUACAGAGCUGACAGACAGGGGAAAAAGUCAAUGCAGGGAGUUUUUAUUGGUCUGGCAAAGCUGACACACCAGCAUCUUUAGAUACCAGGAACACCAGAGCCUCAGAGCGUGUGUUUUCUACAGAUUGUGACCUGUCACGGCUCCAAAUCGAUACUAUGUGGACUUGCUUGUUUUUCUCACUGGGAAUAAGCAGGCUGAAAACUGGACACCAUGAAUCUGAAAUAUGUUCCUGGUCACGAUCUUGCCACUGAAUUUGCAAAUUUAGUAGUUUUGAGCCUCCCUCUGUAUAACUACAUAUAUAUUUAUUCAUGAUUAGCAUUUAACGCCUCAAUAUAUUCUGUAGUUAUUCAAUACUUUGUGUUAUAUUCAUUAUGCUGCUGUGGGAAAUUAGGAUCUUAAGUUUGUUCAUUGAAUUUUUAUCCCUCAUUUACACAAAAACAAGAUGACACUUCAUUCAAAAGUGAAAAUGUGAAUUUAGAUGUUUUCUGUUAUUCUCUCGUUAACCACCUCUCUCCCUCUGUAAUUACCAGCUGUACUGAGAAUGAGGUCUGAUAUUACCUGGGUAUAAUUUAGACCAAGGGUUGUCGGCUGGUGGGUGCUAGAGUGUGACAGGACGGAAACUGUGUCAUCCCUGGAGAACGAGCAUCUCUGUAAAUUUCCUUUGCAAGCGAAAAAAAAUGGAGCACAGGAAAAAACGAGGGCAUGAAAUAAAGGGAGACAGAGGGCGAGAACAAGUAAAUUUGCUCUGACAUCUCAGACUUCAUGCAAGUGAGUGUCGGAACAUUUCUGCCUGGUUGUGACUCAAUAUGAGCUGACCUCCAUUACUAUUCAUGCACUAAAUCUACAGUACACAAGUACAGUUUGCAGAUUCAGGGACAGCCGCAGAACUUCAGCACUUCAACAUAUGAUUGAAUUUUUUCUGCUUUUCUGUGACAUAAAGAGCGAGGUUGACCUUGCUUGAGGUGGCAUUUGAGAAUAUUAUACAUGACACAAUUAGAGUUCAGCAGAAAUCCGCUCCCCUGCAGCCUUCGCAUGUAUUUACAACACAUGCUGCUCCACAAAGAAACACACAUGUGCAUGAAUCUAAACAUGAGCACACAGCCUUACCCUGCCCACAUAAUCUGUGAACUAAAGCUCUGGUUAAGAGGCUGUCCGCUGAAUAUGCACGCCUUCAGCUUGUCAUCCUGGCAAGGCCAAUGGUCUCUUUAUCCCGUCUGCUAGUUGUCAUGUGUACAGAGCCUCUUCUUGUCCCCAGGUCUAACU